CAUUUCUCUCGUCCUCCCAUCCACAAGCCAACGAACUCAAAGAUCCAAUCAAAUCUAAACACACAAAUUUCUCCAGGUUUUCUUGAGACAUGGCUCAAAUUAACAACAAGAACAACAUUGUCGUUGUGUUCGAUUUCGACAAGACCAUCAUCGACGUUGAUAGCGAUAAUUGGGUUAUCGAUGAACUUGGCUUCACUGAUUUGUUUAAUCAACUUCUCCCCACCAUGCCUUGGAACACAGUCAUGGAUUGUAUGAUGAAAGAACUUCAUGAUCAAGGAAAAACCAUUGAAGAGAUCAAACAAGCUCUAAGAACGAUCCCUAUCCAUCCGCGGGUCGUCCCUGCCAUCAAAGCUGCACAUGCUCUAGGGUGUGAGCUUAGGAUAGUGAGCGAUGCGAACAUGUUCUUCAUCGAGACCAUGGUUGAGCAUCUCGGGAUUAGUGAACUCUUCUCUGAGAUCAACUCGAACCCAGGGUUUGUCGAUGAGCAUGACACGUUGAGAAUUUCUCCUUACCAUGAUUUCACUAACUCGUCUCAUGGUUGCACUCAUGGCACUUGCCCUCCUAAUAUGUGCAAGGGCUUGGUCAUUGAGAGGAUUCAAGAAUCUCUAGCUAAAGAAGGGAAGAAAAAGAUGGUCUAUUUAGGAGAUGGAGCUGGUGAUUACUGUCCAAGUUUAAAACUAAAAGCUGAAGAUUUCGUGAUGCCACGUAAGAAUUUUCCGGUUUGGGAUCUGAUUAGUCAAAAUCCUAUGUUGGUUAAAGCAUCAAUUAGAGAAUGGACCGAUGGUGAAAGCUUGGAGAAGAUAUUAAUGGGAACCAUAGAGGAGAUUAUCUUGGAGGAAGAGAAGGAGAAGAAGAUGCUGAGUACUAGUGCGGAGAAUACUUGCAAGAUUCAGACAAUCUCUGUCGGGAUUAAUGUUCAUCAUGAGCCAAUAAUGCCUCGUGCUCUUCGAGUUUCUCAGUCUGGUUAGAUCGAUGUUUUUGAUAUAAUGUAGGAAGAAGAAGAUAUUAUCUGUGGUGACUCUUCUUCUUAUUCCAAGAUAUUGGACUUUAUCCUAAGUACGCAUGAAGUUGUAUGAAACUACGAUUGUAAUUUUGUUUCAACAAGUACCUAUUUGGUUCUUUAUCCAAAAGGGUACCUAUUUGGUUGAUAUAUAUUUUCGAAUUAAA